GGCUGGGCGUCUAGUCACUCCAUGGCUGGGCAGGAUUAAGUUUCAUGGUAGCCUCCCUGCGUAUGUGCGGGCGCUUAUCCUGCAGCUCCGUUACCUCAGAGAGGAGAAGGGAAGGGGGGUGGGCAGCCAAGCCAGGAAGCGAGGGCUACAAGCCACCCCCCACCCCUGCAAGCUCCGACCCUCCCUGAGGCCGCUGCAGCGGCGAGCGGGCUGUCGUUUACCAGUUUGAAGCAGAAGCUGGGUAGAGAAAAGCAUGCUGGAAACAAUAGAUACACAAAGGGCCCUCCAGGCAGUGGAACGCCUGCAGGCAAAAUUAUGGGAACAAGGUGACACAGCAAAUGAGGAGAAACUGAACUUACUUAAGUCAGUGCUGCAGAGCCCUCUCUUCAACCAGAUUCUGAACCUUCAGACUUCUGUUCAGCAGCUGAGAGAUCAGGUAAAUGUUGCACCUACCAUCCAUUCAGCUGGUGCAUUUCCACAGCUCCUCCAUCAUGGUGCUAGUGUGGGUUCCUUGCCACAUAAUGAAUCCUAUUUACUGGCCCAGCAGAAUGGCAGCCCAGCUAAUGUUCUAGAUGCCUCAGUGAGAUCUACUACUCCUCAGAUUAAUGGAAAAUCCUCUAGUGAUGAUGUGGAGCAAAUGAUCAGAAAUAUGUCACAGGGUCGCCUCAUUGAGACCAUAGAUCUUGUUAAACCUCUAAGUGGUGGCUUGGGCUUUAGUGUUGUGGGAUUGAAGAGUGAAAACAGAGGGGAACUGGGAAUAUUUGUGCAGGAGAUUCAAGAGGGAAGUGUGGCACAUAGAGAUGGAAGGCUGAAGGAAGCCGAUCAAAUCCUUGCUAUUAAUGGACAAGCCCUUGAUCAGACAAUUACACAUCAGCAGGCUAUCAGCAUCCUACAGAAAGCGAAAGAUAAUGUCCAGCUAGUUGUGGCCAGGGGCUCAUUCCCUCAGCUCAUCAGUCCUGUAGUUUCCCGAUCUCCAUCUGCUGCUAGCACAGUCUCAGCCCAUUCUAACCCGGUCCAUUGGCAACACGUGGAAACUAUUGAAUUGGUGAAUGAUGGAUCAGGUCUGGGAUUUGGGAUAGUGGGAGGAAAGUCAACAGGAGUGAUAGUUAAAACCAUCCUUCCUGGAGGAGUAGCUGAUCAGCAUGGAAGGUUAUGCAGUGGAGACCAUAUUCUGAAAAUUGGCGAUACAGAUCUGAGUGGCAUGAGUAGUGAGCAAGUGGCCCAAGUUCUGAGACAGUGUGGAAAUCGAGUGAAGCUGGUCAUUGCAAGAGGUCCCAUGGAGGAACCACCUCCACCAGCAGUCCCACCAGGCACCCCUAUACCAACAUCCAUGUCUGAGAAACAGACAGAGAAGACUGCUGAUAGCUAUGAAGAUGGUGAGAAAUUUGAUGUGGAGCUGACUAAAAACAUCCAAGGAUUAGGAAUAACUAUUGCUGGUUACAUUGGAGAUAAAACUUCAGAACCUUCAGGUAUCUUUGUGAAAAGUAUUACAAAAGGCAGUGCUGUUGAACAUGAUGGUAGAAUCCAUGUUGGAGAUCAAAUCAUAGCUGUGGAUGGCACAAAUCUUCAGGGUUUUACCAACCAGCAGGCAGUAGAGGUUUUGCGUCACACGGGACAAACAGUUCGACUCACUUUGGUCAGAAGAGGGCUAAAACAGGAAAAUCACAUUCAGUCCCAUGAGGACAGCAGUGCAGCUGUUCAAAAGGACAUAAUGUUCCAAACAAUGAAUAAUGGCACUGAUAAAGAACCUUGUGAAAGCGAGCAGGGAUCUUCAUCACUGGCAUGCAUUGCCAGUACAGUAAACAUCAAAGAGGACAUUAAACAGCAAGAAUCAGGUUUCCAGAUAACUUCCACAGAGGAAGCAGCACUGAAGAAUAAAUGGCAGAGGAUCAUGGGUUCAAAUUAUGAAAUUGUGGUGGCUGAAGUUAGCAAAUCUAGUGAAAAUAGUGGGUUAGGAAUAAGCUUGGAAGCUACAGUAGGACAUCAUUUCAUCCGAUCUAUUCUACCAGAAGGACCAGUCGGACGAAGUGGCAAGCUUUUUAGUGGAGAUGAGCUGUUGGAAGUGAAUGAAAUAUCUUUGCUUGGUGAAAAUCACAAAGAUGUAGUCAAUAUUUUAAAAGAAUUGCCUGUUAAGGUGAAAAUGGUUUGCUGCCAUCCAGUAGCUGCGCUUCUCAGUCUCCCAGAGUUGGAUAGUCUAAGUCUCUCUGAGGUUCAGCUCAUAGAAAAGCCUCAUGCAGACCUUGGUGAAGCCAUUGGUUCUUCAGAGACAGAGGGUCCUGAUUUGAAAAUGGCUGAUAUGGCUCAGAAUACUGAGGAUGUACAAGGAUCUCCUUUGGCAAUGUGGGAAACAGAAGUACAGCAGAUUGAAUUGGAGAAAGGAAACAUGGGACUUGGAUUUAGCAUCCUAGAUUACCAGGAUCCAGUGGACCCCGCAAACACAGUGAUUGUAAUCCGCUCGUUAGUUCCUGGUGGUGUUGCUGAACAAGAUGGCAGACUUCUUCCUGGUGAUCGGCUUAUGUUUGUUAAUGAUGUCAACUUGGAAAACGGCAGCCUGGAGGAAGCUGUACAAGCACUGAAAGGAGCACCAGCAGGGACAGUUAGAAUAGGCGUUGCCAAACCAUUACCUCUUUCGCCAGAAGAGGGUUAUGUUUCAGCUAAGGAAGAUUCCUUUUACUACACUGCCCAGUCACUUGAGGAGGAAGGGCCAGCUGAUGCAGCGCUCUUCCAUGCUGAGCUGGCUCUGGUGGACUCCAGUGAGGCAGAUCUUGUGGAUGAAUCUACCUUUGAAUCACAGUAUUCUCCCGACAAUGAUGAUACCUUCCAGGCUUCUAUAUUAGCUCUACAUGGUAGUGCUUGUAGUGAUGAUUUGAACUAUAACCUCUCUCUUCCAUCAUCAACUCCUAAGGGUGUUGGAGAAGAAUCUUCAAAUGCCUCAGUUGAUUUCCAAAUGUCUGGCAAGAGUUCAAACAACAUGGAUCUUGUCCAGAGAGGGACAGAGAACAAAACCUCAGUGAAGAUAAACCUAGAACCUGCUCUUGCUUUUGCAAAAAAGGAUUUCCUACCUUCAGACAUUCCUGAGAAACAGGCUGGAUUUGAAAAUACAGCUGAAUGGACCAAGCCAGAGAGAGCCACUGAAGUGACACAAAAUUCCAGCCUCACUACCACAGUUGACUUGGACCUCUCUGGAAAAGUUGCAGUACCAUUAAUGGAAAAGAGCUAUCCAACAUCUACUGGGGAAAAUUCCACAAUUCAAAGUAUUGCCAAACACAUGUAUGAGAAAACUAUAACUAUUGCAAAAGGCAAUUCAAGUCUAGGGAUGACUGUAAGUUCCAAUAAAGAUGGUUCAGGAAUGAUAGUCCGUAGCGUCAUCCAUGGUGGUUCCAUAAGCCGUGAUGGACGAAUUGGUGUAGGGGACUGCAUUCUCUGUAUUAAUGAAGAAUCAACCACUAAUUUGACAAAUGCACAAGCCCGGGCUAUGCUAAGGAGACAUUCGCUCAUUGGACCUGAAAUAAAAUCUUCUCCAGCACCUGCUGAUGAUCAGGCCCCCUUUUAUGUUAUUACCUAUGUGCCAGCAGAACAGUUGGAAGAGUACAGAGCUAGUUUGGGAGAACAGCCAGAGGGAACUAUGCCUUUUGACCUCUUCUCUUCACAUACUGUCAGCAGAGAUCUUCCAGAACUUCCAGAACGAGAAGAAGGGGAGGGAGAGGAAAGUGAACUUCAGAAUGCAGCUUAUAGUAAUUGGAACCAGCCCAGACGGGUUGAGCUUUGGAGAGAACCUAGCAAGUCAUUGGGUAUCAGCAUUGUUGGUGGCCGAGGGAUGGGGAGCCGCUUGAGCAAUGGUGAAGUUAUGAGGGGAAUCUUUAUCAAACACAUUCUUGAAGACAGUCCUGCUGGCAAAAAUGGAACCUUGAAAACUGGAGAUAGAAUAGUGGAGGUGGAUGGAAUUGACCUCAGAGAUGCAAGCCAUGAACAAGCUGUGGAAGCCAUACGGAAGGCAGGCAACCCUGUAGUCUUUAUGGUACAGAGCAUUAUAAACAGAACAAGGCCAGACUCUCUCUAUAAUUCUUCAUCAUCCUCUGCUCACAGUGGGCAGAAAACUACUAACCCAUUUUACCAUCAGUCAUCUCAGAGUCCCCCCUUGCCUUUCCAGCAGAAUCACCUUUUCUGUAGGCCUCCUACCUUCAGCAGCACUAAUCCAUUUGCCGAUUCUCUUCAGUUCAACACUAACAAGGCAUCCAGUCAGUCAGAAUCAGAACCAGAAAAGACUUCAUUUUGUAAUUUGCCUUUGCCACCUCCUUCAGCCUUUUCAGGAAUGAGCUAUGAUAUUGCACAGUUAUCUUCCAGCAAAGUCCCAGACGAUACAGAUAAGGAGGAUGAGUUUGGUUACAGCUGGAGAAAGAUAACACAACGUUAUGGAAAUCUGCCAGGAGACCUUCAUAUGAUAGAGCUGGAAAAAGGAAAAGCUGGCUUGGGACUUAGUCUUGCUGGCAACAAAGACCGAUCUAGGAUGAGUGUCUUUGUAGUGGGAAUUGAUCCAAAUGGAGCAGCUGGAAAAGAUGGCAGGUUGCAGAUUGCAGAUGAGUUACUUGAAAUAAAUGGACAAAUUCUCUAUGGAAGAACUCAUCAGAAUGCCUCAUCUAUAAUCAAAUGCGCACCAUCAACAGUAAAAAUCAUAUUUAUCAGAAAUAAAGAUGCAGUGAAUCAAAUGGCUGUUUGCCCUGGGAAAUCAAUAGAAUCUUCACCUUCCACUUCAGGGGCUCUUCAGAGUCAAGAGAAAGAAUCAAGUCCUACAAAUCUUGUUACAGCAGUAGAUUUGAGUUCAUAUAAAAAUGUUCAGCAUGUCGAACUUCCUAAGGAUCAGGGGGGAAUUGGUAUUGCCAUCAGUGAAGAAGACACAAUUAAUGGAGUAGUUAUUAAGAGCUUAACUGACCAUGGGACAGCAGCAAAGGAUGGACGGAUUAAAGUUGGGGAUCAGAUACUGGCAGUGGAUGAUGAAGCAGUUGUGGGCUAUCCCAUAGAAAAGUUUAUCAGUCUGUUGAAGACGUCAAAAACUACAGUGAAGCUUAUGGUCAACUCGCCUGACCAUGAUAGUCAAAUAGCAUCACCACCACUUCCCAGUGCUACCACAGGUGAGCCGAAGAGCCUUCAGCAACCAGUGAUGGUUCUACCUUCUGGGUCACUGGAAUCAGAGACAGUUAAAAAUACAAGCAGGUCUUCCACUCCAGCCACAUUAGCUUCUGACCCAGCUACGUGUCCAAUCAUCCCAGGAUGUGAAACAACCAUUGAUAUCUCCAAAGGACGCACUGGUCUUGGGCUGAGCAUUGUAGGGGGAGCAGACACCUUAUUGGGAGCAAUCAUUAUUCAUGAGGUGUAUGAAGAAGGAGCAGCAUCCAAAGAUGGAAGGCUCUGGGCUGGGGAUCAGAUUUUGGAGGUGAAUGGGAUUGAUCUGAGGAGUGCCACACAUGAUGAAGCAAUAAAUGUUCUCAGACAGACACCCCAAAAAGUCCGUCUCACUGUGUACAGAGAUGAAGCCCAGUACAAGGAAGAAGAUAUGUAUGAUGUUCUCAAUAUAGAGUUGCAAAAGAAGCCAGGCAAAGGCCUUGGAUUGAGUAUUGUUGGGAAAAGAAAUGAUACUGGGGUGUUUGUGUCAGACAUUGUCAAAGGAGGAAUAGCAGAUGCAGAUGGGAGACUGAUGCAAGGAGAUCAGAUAUUAAUGGUGAAUGGAGAAGACGUUCGAAAUGCUAACCAGGAGGCUGUUGCUGCUUUGUUAAAGUGUUCCUUAGGUACUGUGAGACUAGAAGUUGGAAGAAUAAAAGCUGGUCCAUUCCGUUCAGAGAGGAGAACAUCCCAGAGCAGCCAGGUGAGUGAAGGAAGUGGCAGCCUGUCAUCAUUCAGCUUCCCAGUUUCUAGCUCCAGCCCACCUGAGGCCUUUGAAAGUGGUCUGAAGAAGAAUGCCACUUCUGAAAUACAGGGACUGAGAACAGUUGAAAUAAAAAAGGGCCCCGCAGAUUCCCUAGGAGUGAGCAUUGCUGGAGGAGUGGGGAGUCCCCUGGGAGAUGUUCCCAUAUUUAUUGCCAUGAUGCAUCCCAAUGGAGUUGCAGCCCAGACUCAGAAACUCAGGGUCGGGGAUAGGAUUGUUAGCAUUUGUGGAACAUCCACUGAGGGCAUGACUCACUCCCAAGCUGUCAGUCUGUUGAAAAAUGCUUCAGGCACUAUUGAAUUACAGGUGGUGGCAGGAGGAGAUGUAAGUGUCAUAACAGGUCAGCAACAGGAUCCACCUACUUCCAGUCUCUCAUUUUCAGGAUUAACAUCAAGUAGCAUCUUCCAGGAUGAUUUAGGACCCCCUCAGUAUAAAACCAUUACUCUGGAUCGAGGACCGGAUGGUCUGGGCUUUAGCAUUGUGGGAGGAUAUGGCAGCCCCCAUGGAGAUUUACCUAUUUAUGUUAAGACUGUAUUUGCAAAGGGAGCAGCAGCAGAAGAUGGCCAUCUGAAGAGAGGGGAUCAAAUCAUUGCUGUCAACGGGCAAAGCUUAGAAGGGGUGACCCAUGAAGAAGCAGUUGCUAUUCUAAAAAGGACAAAAGGAACCGUCACUCUGACUGUUCUGUCGUGAAGAGUCACAAUACGAUCAACCAGAUUACAUUAUCUACAUUCCAUAAAGCAAAGACAAUGGACAUGUUUAUGUAGCCCUUUUGCUAUUUCAGCUUCACCAGGGUAUGUUACAUCACUGAAGAAAAACAACACUUAAUCAUAUUUUUGUAUACAAUAGAAGUAUUUGUCUUACUGUCAAACCACUGGGAUGGGUUUAUGUAGUUUUUCAUUAUUAUUAUAAUAAUUAUUAUUAUAAUAAUUAUUAUUAUUAUUGUAACGAAUACUUGUAAUCCACAAGAAAAUGAAUGUUUGUGUUAGAAACCACAUUGCAAAACUGGAAUGUUUUGCAAAGAGUGUUUGAAUAUUUGAGAUAUGUUGGGAAAAUAUGUUUUCAAAAAGAAAGUUGUCAAAUCAGUGAAGAGAGAGGCAAUAUUUAAAGACCAGAGAUGUGGAAAGGAGAAAUAGCGACCAAAAGAAGUAAAGUUGGAUAGAAUUUGGGAAAGUUGUAGGCAGAUGCUUAAGCUGCCUGGAGGGCCAGUUAUUCAUUCCACAAUGCUUUUUUGUGUCAAGAAAGUGUUUUUUUUUAAGCAAUAUUUGGAACAGGCUUUUAGUUUGGUUUGGAGAUUCUUUUGUUCUCAGGGGCUGAAACAUCCACUUAGCAGUGGUGACUAGGUACAUGAGGGAGCCCUAUAGCUGCAGUGUUCAAAGGAUUUAACCUUUUUUUUAAUGAAGUUUCUAGCCUUUGUGGGUAUGAAGAAAACCCUUUCAAUGGAACUGAAGACCACCCUUUCCUAAGACUGUAGGCAGACAGCUUCAGUAUCACCAUCCCUACUGCGGAGAGCUUCUCCAGGUGGCAGCAUUAACCAUUCUGGUCAAUUCCACUGAUUCGUUUCAGAGCCCUGCGGAGAGCAGUGAAACUGGAGAUCAAAAAGUCAAUUUCAAGUUGCUGCUGCUGUUCUAAGUGGCAGAAGAACUGGCCCCAUCCAUCCAUGGAUGGAUCAAAGAAUAGUGUUGGCAGAGAGUGGAGUAGUGAAGAUACCCUUAACAGAUGAGAAUAAGAAUAAGGAGAAUGCUGGAGGUCUCCUCUUUGCCUCCCUCAGAGUCAGAAACUUUUAGAAGGAGAAAAGAUGAUGGGAGAGAAAUGUGUCCCUUUCUACUUCUAGAGGCUGGAAGGAUUACUAAUUUAUCAGACACUUGCAAGCCAGAGCCUAAUUUAAGAUGGACCCUUGUGCAAAAUCAAAUGACAACACCACCCCUCCACCUCUUGCCCUCCCAGGCCAGUACAUAUACCAGCACCCUCUAUUUCCCAGUAGCUGAACUUCCCAGUAGCACGUUGUUCAUAGAGAUUGCUUGUGGAUCUUCUCUCUGGCUGGUAAGUAUCUGCAAAAUUAUUCAAAGCCCAUUUGUGAUUUAUGUUGUGACCAAACAAAAAGUGUUAUUAAAACUUCUGGAGAGAAAAAAUAUUGUCCAGGGGCAUGUGAGCAGUGGUAUACCUGUUAGCUGGUGUGUUGUGUACUGCAUACAUUCAUAUAGCUGCAAGACCCCUGUAUUGAUCAGCAACAGGUUUAUAGCGACUAGUUACAGUGUUUUGUUGUUGAUUUUUGAAACGGAGACAACAGUCCAAUUGUGUUAGAGAAAUAUGCAAGAACACAAGUAGCAUUCACUUUAAUGAGAGAAAAACAGUGUUAGAAACAUUUGAGAGAGAAUAUUAGCAAACUGAUAGCUAAAUCUAAGUCUAUUAACUAAAAAAAAUACCCCGUUCCAUUUAAUUAAUUAUUUUAGACGUUACAAUGCAAUAGGCGAAGACUAAGGAAAAACAGAUGGUACCAUAACUUGAAGCAACUGGUGACAAAUUAUUAUUCUGUAGUUAUUCCCAGUUUAGUGUGUGAAACGCCUACAUAGAGUAUGUAAAGUCAUUUUAAAUAUGAUUUAUAUUUGUAACAGAAGUAGUGUACAGAUAUUUUAUUACUGCCUUCAUGUCUAAAUGCAGGAUUUAAGUGUAUAAAUAUGAAGCUAUCUGUGAUAAAUGAAUAAAGUUGCAGGUGUAUCUGUGUUUUCUUAGUGGUGAAGUGGCGGAACAUUUU